UGUCGGUGAUGACCGACAGGGAAGAUCUCUCCUCCACUUAAAAUCUAAAUCUAAUAAUUAACAGCCACAUAAAUACUCCUGAUCUAGUUGUACGCCCGCCCAACCUCCCUCUGCGUAAUCUCCAUUUUCCUUUACAGUUGUGUGUAGCACCGUAUCAAAACAACUGUCCACCCUUAACAAACCCAACCACUAUUCACAUUUUGCCAACUCAUAUUUCUAUUUCCCCUGCCCUCUUUAUAAAUUCUUCCCUCCCCCUCCUGUUUCUUUCUCUGCAUCAUCCCCUUCCAUUUCUGCUCAAGAUUAACCAGCCAUUAUGGGCCGUGGAGUGAGCAGUGGUGGUGGACAAAGUUCUUUAGGCUACCUAUUUGGAGGUGGCGACAUUCGUAACACUUCCCAAUCUGUUGGAAACCCCAACCCACCUGCGGCUACAAAUAAUCAGCCUUCCCAUAAGCACCUAUCUGCUUCAUCACCAAUUGAUAAACAAAUUCCAGCAGGCAUCCACGGGAACCCUAAGAAUAAUUACUACCGAGUAGACGGACAGAACUGUGGCAAUUUUCUCACGGAUCGGCCAUUUACCAAGGUUCAUGCAGCUCCUGGUGGUGGAUCUUCCCUGAAUUACCUCUUUGGUAGUGGUGGGAACUAAUUUUUCUCUCGCCGACAUUGAAUACAUCAUAUGUGAUUAUAGAACGUAGUAUAGUAUGUUACCAGGGAAUAGUUAAUCCCGUCGGUGCUCAAUGUAACUAGUUGUCAUCAUAUUGUGUUUCUUCACGUGUGAUCAUGAUCAAAACCGAGUGUCUAUUUUC